AUGAGGCCAGCGGGAUGGAUCCCUCGCCUUCUUCAUCGCUUGACUCACCGUCGAGCGGGAGUCCAUCGCCAUGAGCGAAGCUCGCCUGAAGAGUCGUCGCCCAUUUCGACGGCAGAGCGAAAAUGGUAUUCACGUUAUCUGGCAGAAGCAUUCGUCACCAUCCGCGACAUUUUGUUCUAUUCGAAGCUCAACGUCCUUCUCAUUGCUGUUCCGCUGGCCAUUACCAGCUAUCUGGUACACACAAAUCGCAUCUUGGUCUUUGCGGCAAAUCUUAUCGCUGUCGUUCCCCUCUCUAGCCUCCUUACAUGUGCGACGGAGAACAUUGCUCGAGAGUCAGGCGAUGUUGUUGGCGCGCUCGUCAACGUGACUUUUGGGAACCUUGUAGAGAUUGUGAUUUUAAUUGCCCUGUACCACAAUCGACUUGAAGUGGUACAGGCAUCCCUUCUCGGCUCCAUCCUGGUCAACCUGCUGCUCAUUCUCGGCAUCGCGAUCCUAGCGGGAAGUUUUCAUCAUCAUCAGCUCGCACAGAACAAGGAGGAUGCGCAAACACUAGCUUGUCUUCUGAGCUUUUCCGUCUUAAGCUUGCUUAUCCCGAACGCCUUCUACCAUUCAUUCCAGGAUGCGGAGAUCGCCUCUGCGGCCGUGUUAACCUUGAGCCGGGUGUCGUCCCUGACGCUGUUGGUGGUAUAUCUGCUCUAUAUCUGCCUGCAGAUUAGGAAGAUUCCUCGGCACCAUCCAUCCAUUGACGUGAUGAGCUUUGACGAAUUAUCCGCCGCGGCCGCACCAUCCCAGGAUGCCAGGUCCUCCAGUGCACUGCUACUUCCUCGCUCGAUUAGGUUUCAGGACGAGGAAGCUGGUCGGAGUCGCCCGGCGAAAACUCGUGCUCGAGGCGAUAGUCUGGAGAUGUCGGCUCUCGGCGGCUCAGGGGAGUCUCAGGACGAGUCUGAAGAACUGCACGACCGCUUCGACUUGGAAUCUUCGAUCAACGGUGAGGAGCUCGAGCCGUCACCCCAAUCUGAUAAAGGCCGAAAUUCAAGAAGCUCAAUCUAUCAGCAUCCCUUUAGCAGACAGCGAUCUGAAUCACUCCAGUCAAGUAAUCGAUAUACUAGCCCUGCAGGACAGCAGCGGAGUCGGCAUCACCUCUCGUUCUCAGGCUCCAGCACCAGUCUACCUCGCCUGCUGGUGGGCAGCUCGAGGCCCAGUGCCGAGAACCUAUGUGACGUCUACGCACCUCAGGAAUCGCCUCCAAAGAUCGGGCGUGUAGCAUCAAGCUUGCUGCUUGUCAUAUCUUCCCUCCUUGUGGCUCUCUGCGCCGAAUUCAUGGUGGACACGCUUGAUGACAUGGUGGAGUCCGGGCCGUUUCCUCAGGCAUUUAUCGGGUUGAUCAUCCUCCCCAUAGCGGGCAAUUGUGCGGAGCUCUUCACCGCCACCUAUGUGGCAGCCCACGGCAACUUCGACCUAGCGAUCGGUGUCUCGGUCGGGUCUUCGGUCCAGAUCUCCCUUCUUGUCACGCCGCUCAUUGUUAUUGCUGGAUGGAUCCUUCAAAAGGACAUGACCAUGUACUUUGACCUGUUUGGCACCGUGGCGCUCUUCGCAACGACAUUCCUGGUGAACGUCCUCAUCGUAUACGGCAAAUCCAACUUUUUGGAGGGAAGCUUGCUCUUUGCUUGCUAUUUCAUCAUAGCGGUCGGUGCCUAUCUCUUCCCGGCUCCGGAGAAUCGUGCCGAGUAG